CUAGUUUGUAUCUUGCUCCAAUUUGGUUCUAGUCAGAGGAAAUUGUUAAUUUUUUUUUUUUUUUUGAAAAUUCCCUAUACACGUAGGAUUUUUAGUUCAUUUCAUGUUCAGGGAAAGGGAAAAAAAACCCUUUUCCUAUUCUAAACCAACAAUUAUGUGUUGGUUCAUUUCACAUGGUUUACAUCACACAACAGCACCACAAUAAUGUUCCCAAUUGUAAGACAAAACGUGAAAGGGGUAGCCCUGCCUACCUUUGCAUGUGUUACAAAAUUUGGCUUCUAGCGCUCGCAGUGCAAGUAGUUGGCUCGGAUUCAAUUUUCGAAGUACAAAAAAUACUCUCAAAACUUGAUCAGCCAAACAUAUGGCUAGUCCGUUGUCAAUGUAAACAAAUUGUUUGUUAUGUUUUAAACACAGAUAUAUUCAGCAAGUUCAGGACAGAGGAAGGAGAUCAGUUCAAGGAAAGUUUGGUGAGUGACAUUGAAGGCAUGCUAAGCUUAUACGAAGCUGCAUAUCUAAGAAACCAAGGCGAGAGCAUACUCGACGAUGCAGUUCAAUUCACCAAGUCGCAUCUCACCAGUGCUGCAUCAAUGGCGGAAUCUCCCGACUCAUCAGAAUUACCACUGCCAGAAGCAGUGGUUGUUGAACGAAUCGCGCAUGCACUGGAGAGGCCGCUACGCAAAGGCGUGGCAAUACUGGAGCAUCUCUUUUUCAUAUCGGUUUAUGAGAAAAUGGCAGGCCACGACGGGACUCUCCUCAGGCUGGCCAAACUGAGCUUCAACGUCCUGCAAAACAUGUACCAAAAGGAGCUUAAAGUGCUUACAAAAUGGUGGAUUGAUUUGGAUUUGAUAAGAAGGAACGACUAUGCGCGAGAUAAGCUGGUUGAGGUUUACUUUUGGGCCGUGGGAUGUUUGUGGGAGCCCAAAUUUGAGCUGGCUAGAUACACCUUCACCACAAUAAUAACUAUUGGAUCUGUGUUUGACGACACAUAUGAUGCUUACGGUUCACUCGACGAACUCGAGUUGUUUACUGCUGCAAUUGAAAGGUGGGAUCCUAGCAUGAACAGUCUAAAUGGGAAAAUGAAGGUACUUUUUGAGGCGAUGAUUACUGGGUUCGAUGAAAUCGAUAUUAUCACUUCACAAGAGGGACGGCCCUAUUGUUUGGAAUAUGCGAAAUUGUCGUUGAAGAAUAUGACCAAGUUAUACAUGGAAGAAGCCAGGUGGUUGGCCAAAGCCUAUGUUCCAACUUUAGAAGAGUACAGGCUCAUUUCUUCACUAAGCACAACUUACCAGUCCAUUGUGUGUGCCACGCUCUGCGGCUUGGGUACUGAAGUUGCUCCAAAGGAAGUCUUUGAUUGGUUAUUCGCCGAACCCAACAUUUUAGUAGUUUCCUCCGACCAUUGCCGUCUCAUGGAUGAUAUCAUGUCCCACAAGUUCGAGCAAGAAAGAGGACAUGUGGCUUCUUCAGUCGAAUGCUACAUGUUGCAAUACGGAGUUUCGAACGAGGAAGCAGUGGACGCUCUGAAUGAAAUGGUGGAGGAGGGGGAAUUGCUUGACCCACCCUGCAGGCACAUCCCUAAGGAAGUUCUGUCCUUGUUUCUGGGCUUUGAACAAGUGAUGGAUGUUCUUUACAAGUACUCUGAUGGCUACACGCAUUCCGAUACUACGACCAAGGAUAUGCUCACUGCUUUGCUUGUCGUCCCACUCCCCAUUGCACCAUAGGAUCGACUCCACAGCAAAAUGCAAGCACGCGUGUGUUUCAUUUGCUUCACUUCCAGCUUGAGAGUGUGUUCUUUGUAAAAUAAAAUAAAAAGCUUGAGAGUGUAUUAGCUUUACUUAUCCUUCUCGUGCUUUGCUUGUGGCAGACAAUUCCAUUAUGCUUUACUUAUCUUUCUCGUGCUUUCUGGUCGUUGUUAUUGUUGUAUUGUUUUCUACGAGUCAAAGUUUCAGGCUUGCAGUUAUGUGUAAUUGUUGUGGUUUAUCAACUUCAUUAAAUGUGUUUCAUGUACCAUUUUAGUCCAACUCAUAUGGUAUGUGAAUCAAAAGCAUGCAUAUUGUGGUAUUUCACAUUUUGAAGACAAUGAAUUUGAGUUUUCAAGAAGUUCAAGUUCAAAGAAUGUUUUGGUGGAUGAGAAGAUGGAAUGUAGGAGGCAUUCGAAAUGUAUUCAAACAGACCAAGAAUUGUUAACUUUUAUAUCUCACAGAAAGUUGCACAUGUCAAUCAUAUAAAUUAUGCUCUUCAAAAUUCUCAAGUUGGCGAUCCUAUCAUCCCGGUGAAAUUGUUCUUGUACUAGAGAGGAUCUUGCAUCAUCUUUGUAGGCCUUAGCCACCAAGAUUCAACUAGUAUCUCUUCCAAAAACCGGUUUUUUAAAAGGAUAGAAUGUCUCACACUUGGUUUUUACCCCACUCUUUAUUUGUGGUGGCAUCAUAUAUUGAUGUAGACUUGAUGUGGUAGUAUAUCGAUUGUACGAAGCUACAUAUCUACCCCAAUUUUGCUUUAAGCGCAGAAGACUCAUUCGUUUGAGGAGGAGUUCGAGAAAUCACAAGGAAUGGUACCCAUCCAUACGUUUUCCUUUUAAGAUGGAUCCAAGUUUCAUGACAAUGACAUCCUUCAUAGUCAUAGCCCCUACAAUAUAGUCUCCCUUAGAUUACGUGUUAACGCAAAGACUAGAAAUUCAAAGUAUGAUGAUCUUAGAAGUUGCUUUGGGUGCGUGGCAUUACCCAAAAUUUGAAUUUUAUGUGCGAAUGCACACAUUACUCGCAUGCGACUGGCUUUUGAGGACUCCUCCGUCCUUCUCACGGGCCGCUUCACGGGCGUGAGCCAAACCGCAAAAAGUAGGAGGUGAAUUCCCAAUUUGAAGAAUUGAGAAAAUAAUUGUCGAGCAGUUCACGACAUAAGCCACUGUCGUGAACAGGGUUGUGAACACUCUCACAGGCGUGAGAUGACAGGAACCCGCAAUAAUUUCCUCCAUAGUGAGGUUUGUGCAAUUUUUACAUGUUUGGAUAGGAAGCACCCUUUCCCAUGUGCAUGAACAAUUAGAAAAUGGUAUAUCGAAUGAAAACCAUUCUACCUAAACCUUACCCCACAGUUUAAAUGAGACAAUAUCGUCAGUCAUGUAUUAUCGUGAGGCGUUCGUGAAGAGAGUUACAUUGGGUGAUUCCCAAUCACCCCACACUUAAGUAUUUUCCGUGUCACAGCGACGAAGACGCUUAGAUUUGAAAGUCAAAACCAAAGUAAAAAAAGACAUAUAUGUAUGCUUAAUAUGUGUCAUGGCACAAGUAGAGGGCACUACAACCUCAAUCCAUGGGCACACAACAAUCAUCCACUCCACGAGACAUCAUUCUCCUAUGUUUUCCUGUCCCAAUACAUAUUAACAUAAACCAAUCAAGGUAAGCUCUAAAGAUAUGACGUGGGAAGCAUAAGAGCUAAAUUGUCACUAGUCAACAUUGAAUGUACAUAUGAAGCUCAAAGGUUUGAAAAGAAAGCAGAUACAAGAUAGCACUCAUGCAUCCACAAGGAUUCAAACGAAAAGGUAUUAGCAAGUUGAACUGAAGGAGUAAGAACACGGGUGGGUGGUGUGGGUGAAAAUCCGAUGAUGACGGUAGAGUAAACAAAUAGCUUUUGC